AUGGCUACAGAGCCCCAUCUCUUCGGUCGCGCAUACCCAGAAAGGGGACUGCAACAGGCUGAUGAAGUGGAAGCCAACCACGGCGCAAGUCCGAUCCUUGGAAUUCUCAAUCUGGGGCUUUGGAACCAUCUGGACAGAGGGAAAACAAACACACAAACUAAAGAGAUUGCCUACCUUCACGAUGUCGAACAGCCUGAGGUUGUGAAACAUUCCUCCGAUGCGUUUGUUCAUGAUUCCUUCUCUCGAGACUCCCAUGUCGACGGUGUGCUUGUGUUGGACCAUUUCUCGAAAAGUAUGCGCUGGAAGGAUCUCCUCGAGAAGUAUUCGAGGUCCGUGAAGUGGUUGACUGGUAAAGCUGUGCAGGAGAGGGUGUGGUGUUAG